AUGGACGAUGCCUCUGUUGCCCCUCUGCCAUCUCUCGAUGGUUCCAAUGGGGAUGCGCAAGAUCCUCUCCUUCACAAUCCGGUCAUUGGGCGGACUUCUACGCCUGAUAGCUCGACACAAUUACCCCAAGUUCCUCGACACGAAUACUUCGGCUCGAGCGAAGAUGUGCUGGCGUGGCCGAUCUUCGCAGGUAAAUACGACCGCCGUUGGAUUGAGGCAUUGAUAUUUGACCCUACACUACCUAGCGAUGACUUGUCUGGAACGCCUACUUCACCUAGAGUCAACGACGACUCACUCCGAAACACCUUCGAGGAUCCUCGGCAAGCCUCGCAAUGCAGUCCUGCCAUACGCGAAGAAGACGUACCACAUCUUGUUGAAGCUUUCCUUCUGAACGUUCACGUCAAGAACCCUAUAUUCGAUCCAAACUACCUGCGAAGCAUGGCUAAAGCUGUGGUCGACCGUGGGUUUGAUUGGGAAGCAUCUAGCUGUCUGGUUCUUACUGUUUGCGCGCUUGCUGCGAUAUCCUCCACCUUUGCCUGUCGCCCUAUACGUGAGAACAACGCAUCAUCAGACAAUCCGAUCCUUUCGGAAAGCAGCUUAUCCACCACUACGGGAUACCACACGGCAGAAGCAUAUUACACUGCCUCGCGCAAACGAAUCGGUCUACUCAAAGAUACGCUGCUUGCCACUGAAUGUCAUUUCAUGUCUGGUGUGUACGAGAUGUACUCCCUGCGACCUCUCCAGGCCGCCAUUUCAUUCAACCGGGCAUGUGUAACGUUUCAAACAUUGACCUGGAUGCGUACCGAAUACUACAUCACCGAAAGCCAGCUUGGUAAAGCCAGGGCAAGUCGGUUGUACUGGUCGUGCUUAAAAUCAGAACACGAGGUAUCUAUCGAGAUACGGUUCCCUUCCUCAGGCUUGACGAAAUUAAAUUACACAAGUGCCUUUCCGCCGCCACCUUCGGCAACUAGCACAGAGGAAUGGUACCGCAUGUAUACCGAGGUAGAGGCGGAGUCUCCACAGUCGAUGCAUUCGGCAUGGACACAGAACGAGUUCGAACGCGGGUGGUACUACUAUCUGGCAGAUAUUGCAGCUCGAAGGCUUUUACAACGCGUCAUUGAACUGUUUUACAAAAGGAAUGAAGUUGCGUGGCUUGAGUUCACGUUCUCCGCCCUCGUUCAUACAGUCGAAGAGCUGGACAGACAGCUCGUAGAAUGGUAA